AUGAACUUCAGCAGAGAGGUGGCACGACAGACCAGUUGUUACACAUAUGUGAUAGAGGAUGAGGAUCCAGAGCUGGGAAGCUUAAAUGUAUUUGAGUUGGCUGAGAGGGGUGACCUGGCUCUCCUGGAAAACCUGGUGAAGAAGAGCCCAGAGGUUCUGAGUGAGAAAGAUGAAUGUGGAGCUAGUCCCCUUCAUCACGCCGCCGGAGGAGGCUACGUCACCCUCAUGCAAUUCAUCACCACUGCCAUAGACUCACAGGAACUGAACAGCUGUGAUGAGCAGGGCAACGUGCCCCUACACUGGGCAGUGGAGAGGAACAAGGCAGAGAGCUGCAGGGCUCUUCUGGACCUCGGGGCCAACCCAAACAUCCUCAACACGGCCCUCCUGUCCCCUCUGCACCUGGCUGUCAACCACGGACACAACAGCCUGGUGGAGCUGCUGCUGUCAUACAGUACUACAGACUGCAAUCUGCAGGGAGACCUUGGGAACACCCCGAUGAUACUGGCUUGUUCCAUCAAUAACUGGGAGGCUCUCAGCAUAUUGCUAAAGCAUGGAGCGCGGCUCUGCCAACAGAACAAACUCGGCCAUUUCCCCAUCCACGCAGCUGCCUUCGCAGGUGCAAAGAAAGCCAUGGAAGUCAUCCUGAAGGCCGGAGAGGAGAUUGGCCAUCAAGUUGAAACCCACAUCAAUUAUUUAGACAAGUCCAAGAGCAGUCCCCUCCACCUAGCAGUACGUGGUGGGAAUAUCGAGGCCAUCCGUCUCUGCCUUGCUACCGGGGCCAAAGUCGACCAGCAACAGAAUGACAAGUCCACGCCGCUUCAUUUGGCCUGCACCCAGGGUGCCACUGAGGUAGUCAAACUGAUGCUGUCCUCCUUUGACCAAGUGGAAGACAUCAUCAACCUAAGUGAUGGGGCAUGUCAGACCCCUCUACACAGGGCUACAAUAUUUGACCACACAGAGCUGGCAGAGUACCUAAUUUCUUUGGGUGCAGACCUUAAUGCCAUUGAUUGUAAAGGAAACACUCCCUUGCUGCUGGCUUCGAGCUGCGGGGCAUGGAGAACUGUGACUCUACUACUGUCAAAAGGGGCAAAUGUAAAUGUGAAAGACAGAUGCGGUUGUAACUUCCUUCACCUGGCCAUUCUACAGCCCAAGGGUCUAAAAAACCUCCCAGAAGAAGUUCUGCAGAAUAACAGUGUAAAGGCACUGCUGAGCUGUGAGGAUAACGAGGGCUGCACCCCACUCCACUACGCUUGCAGACUGGGUAUCCAUGACUCAGUGAAGAACAUGCUGGGCCUCUCGGGGGAGGUUGGCCUCACAUGCAAGUCCAAGGACAAGAAAUCUGCCCUGCACUUUGCUGCUCAGUAUGGGCGCAUCAAUACAUGUCACCGAAUAUUAGAGACCAUCACAGACUCUCGUCUGCUAAAUGAAGGUGAUGAGCGAGGCCUGACACCACUCCAUUUAGCUUCAAGAGAGGGGCACACCAAGGUGGUGCAGCUGUUGUUGCGCAAAGGAGCUCUCUUUCACAGUGAUUACAAGGGCUGGACAUGUCUGCACCAUGCUGCAUCUGCAGGAUACACACAAACUAUGGAAAUUCUCCUGUCAGCCAAUCUCAAGUUACUGGAUAAAACAGAUGAGGAUGGGAACACUGCACUCCACAUCGCAGCGAGAGAGGGACAUGUGGCUGCAGUCAGGCUCAUGCUGGCUCGGGGAGCAGAGAUCGUCUUAAACAAGAAUGACACGUCAUUCCUCCACGAAGCUCUGCAAAACGGGAGAACAGAAGUGGUCAACGCUAUAAUUGACAGUGACAGAUGUACUGAGGCUUUGAGACUGUUCAAACAUGGGUCCAGCCAGCGAUGUCCCAUACUAGACAUGAUUGAGUUUCUGCCUGAGACCUACAAGCACCUGUUGGAUCGCUGUGUGAGGGAAUCUGAUGAUGACUACAACAGUCCUGACUACCAUAUUGAAUACAGUUUCACAUGGCUCCAAGCUCCCCUUGCAGCGCAGAAGUCAAGUGACAAAACCAUGAGGAUUCAGCCACUGGUUGCACUCAACGCGAUGGUGCAGUACAACCGCAUUGAACUCCUGAACCACCCUGUCUGCAAAAAGUACCUAGCAAUGAAGUGGGUUGCUUAUGGGAGCACAGCUCAUGUGCUCAACAUGUUUUUGUACCUGUUAGGCCUGCUGCCCCUGACUCACCUGAUAGUGACUCUGAGGCCCACUAUGAACACCACUCACACGGGCGAGCACAGUAUCAAAAUGGUACCCAUAUCUUUCACAGAGCAAAGUCUGUUCUUGUCCAUCUGCAUGGUGAUGGUCUUGGCCAUGAACAUCUACGCCAUAGCAAAGGAAGUGGUGCAGAUAUCACAACAGCGCUGGAAUUACUUCAAGGAUUACUCCAACCAGUCUGACUGGCUGUCAGCCAUCCUCUCUCUUCUGUUCGUCAUUCCCAUCAUGCUCAAUGCAGAGGGUUCUUUUCACUGGCAAGUAGGGGCGAUGGCGGUUUUAAACUCCUGGAUUGGAUUUCUCCUUUAUCUCCAGAGGUUUGAGGGUGUUGGCAUCUACGUUGUGAUGUUUUGGGAAAUUAUGAGAACACUGAUUCGUAUUGUAAUGGUGUUUUUGUACCUGGUGUUAGCGUUCGGUUUGGCGUUCCAUGCACUAAUGCUCAACCAGGAAGAGUUUCAGAGCGUGCCACUCUCUGUGAUGCAAACCUUUGUGAUGAUGGUUGGGGAACUGAACUACCAAAAUAACUUCCUGGAAGCUUUUCUGAAUGAUCAACUUCCUUUUGGUUUUCUGACAUACUUCAUUUUUGUGAACUUUGUUCUGUUCAUGCCAAUCCUGCUGGUGAACCUGAUGAUUGGUCUUGCAGUUGGAGACAUUGCUGAAGUACAAAGGAAUGCCGCCCUAAAACGAAUUGCUAUGCAGAUUGACCUCCACACCGCUCUAGAAGACAAGCUGCCUUAUUGGUUUGUGAAACGAGUUGACAAACCCUCCAUCACCAUCUACCCCAAUCGCAAGUGCUCCAGGCACUAUCUGAGGCAAUUAAUCACAGGUGACGAGGAGACUGAAGUCUGGAGUCGUCUGCAGGCCAAAUCACAGAGCUGCACUUUUUUAGAGAAUGAGCUCAAAAAGCAGAAGCACAGGAUGAAGGAGAUGUCAAGCUCGCUGGAGAAGCAGCACAACCUCCUGAAGCUCAUCAUCCAGAAGAUGGAGAUCACCUCUGAGGCCGAUGAGUACGAUGGUCCUGUGAACGUCAGAGGCAUGUGGCAAACCUUGAGUCAGGCCAAACCAAGAAAACACACCGUGUCUCGGUGGGUCCCGCUAAUGAAGGCCAUCGAGUCCAAAAAGAAAUGA